ACCAUGAAAAUUGGUAAGACCAAACCAACAAGCAAAAUUCGCCGUAUAUAUAUAUUUCGAUUCAAAGCAUGGCGGCUACAAUUGAGGAUUCUUUUGCUUAUCAUGGACCAUGAUUCUGUUUCUUUGUUUUUGCCAUUGAUAAGACAAGACAUUGAGAUGACAUCGUAAACACGAAAGAUUGAUCUUCCUUGGAGGUCCGUAUCCUAAUUUUCGACAAACCGGACUCUAAGAGAGAUUCGUUUUGGUGGUAGUUUUAUUGAUUUUUUUUUAAUUAUCUCUUUUCUUUUCUUUUAUUCUCUCUUUCUUUCUUUUUUUUUGUGGUACUUUGUAGCUUGGUGGUUUCAGUUUGUUGAAAAAGUACUUACAUCGUUCCUUUUGUUGUUCGCUUCUAUUUUUUUGAUUUUUUCUUUAUUUCUGUCUUUUGAUUUCGUGGUUGAGUAUCGCUCGCUGAUUUUUCUGGAUCGCGAAUUGUUGCGUGUAGUAUUCUUGUUACUGGUGUGAGUGUGAGUGUGUGUGUGUUGUCGUAGGAAAAAAAGACAAUACCAAUUUUCGUGUUCCUCCAAAUUUCCAGACGUCAAUUUGUUUGAAAGCCGUCUUUUUUGGAAUCGUAUACAAUCUCCCUUUCUCCUUCUCUUUCCCCUUCUGCUUUACGAGUCGCCUCAUCUCUUUUUGUCGACAUUGACAUUCAAGUCUCAAGAUGCCCACUGUACUAGUAAUUAAUCCAAACUCUUCUCACUUCAUUACCAAUUCUCUUCAGGAGAAAUUGCCCAAAUUGGUUGCCCCAGAUGUCACAUUGCGCUUCUUUACCUGUCCAGCUCCUGGAGCAGCUGUCAUUGACUCGAUCACAGAGGCCACCCUUACAGCUUCCUUGGUCUUUCAGUCUCUUACGCCGGAAAUCCUAGAAGGAAUUGAUGCCGUCGUCGUGGCUUGCUACUCCCCUACACCGCUCGUCGACAUGGUCCGCGAAUCGUACCAGCUACCUUGCAUGGGCAUCGUUCAAGCCUCGGCCUUGGCUGCUCUAACCGUUGGCCAAAAGGUUGGCGUCCUUACCAGUACUUUUCGAUCCGAAUGUCUGCUGUACGAAUUGUUUCAAUCCUUUGGCUUGCAACGUUCUCGUAUCGCAGCCAUUGCUUCCACCGGACGUACUGUGCUUCAACUUUCCAACAUGGAUCCAGAAGAACGAAAAUCUCUUCUAGUACAACGCGCACAGGAGCUCGUCCGCGACCACGGUGCCGACUCCAUUUGCUUGGGAGGCGCCGCUUUGGCGGCCAUCCGUGAUUCUAUCCAAGAAGCCGUGGGUCCAGAGAUCCCCAUCAUCGACGGUGUCCAUGCUGCUGUAGAACAACUUGCUGGUCUCGUACGACAAGGGCUAACGACUUCCAAAUCUGGUAUAUACCAAUAUCCAUAAGUAGGCAAAUACCGACAAGUACAUAGGUAGGCAGGUAGGCACUACUUACACUCCUGGUGUAGGCAUUCAUUCCUUUUUAGAGAGGAAAAUCAGGUAGUACUGAUUUCCAUGUUUUCAUUAUAAUGUAAUUCAUAGAUAGAAUCCAUUUACACGCUACCUUUCUAUCCUUCUCUUUCACCUACUUUUCGAAUCUAAAGAUACCUACAUAUUCAAAACUACUGUUCCAAAAGAUCAACGAGAACAAAAUUGAAUUCAUCUAAAAUAUAGCUAGCAACAAAAUAG